CUUUGGGGGUGGACUGCUGGCAGCCAGCGUCGCCGCGGUCAGCUCGGUGCCACGCCCCGGCCGGUGCUGCGGGAGCCCCAGCCAUGCUGUUCUGGCACACGCAGCCCGAACACUACAACCAGCACAACUCUGGCAGCUACCUGCGCGAUGUGCUGGCUCUGCCCAUCUUCAAGCAGGAGGAGCCACAGCUGUCUCCUGAGAAUGGGGCCCGCCUGCCGCCCCUACAGUAUGUGCUCUGUGCCGCCACCUCUCCUGCAGUGAAGCUACAUGAAGAGACCUUGACGUACCUCAAUCAAGGUCAGUCAUAUGAAAUCCGGCUGCUGGAGAACCGGAAGCUAGGGGACUUCCAAGAUCUGAACACAAAGUAUGUGAAGAGUAUCAUCCGUGUAGUUUUCCAUGACCGCCGGCUGCAGUACACAGAGCACCAGCAGUUGGAGGGUUGGCGGUGGAGCAGGCCUGGGGACCGUAUCCUGGACAUUGAUAUUCCACUAUCUGUUGGUAUCUUGGACCCCAGGGCCAGCCCAACCCAACUGAAUGCCGUGGAGUUUUUGUGGGAUCCAGCAAAAAGGGCAUCUGCGUUCAUUCAGGUGCACUGUAUCAGCACAGAAUUCACCCCCAGGAAGCAUGGGGGCGAGAAGGGAGUGCCUUUUCGGGUGCAGAUCGACACAUUUAAGCAGAACGAGAAUGGGGAAUACACGGAGCAUCUACACUCUGCCAGCUGCCAGAUCAAAGUGUUCAAGCCAAAGGGAGCUGACCGGAAACAGAAAACCGACCGGGAAAAGAUGGAGAAAAGAACAGCUCAGGAGAAGGAGAAGUACCAGCCAUCCUACGAAACCACCAUCCUCACUGAGUGCUCUCCAUGGCCUGAUGUAGCCUACCAGGUGAACAAUGUUCCAUCUCCAAGCUACAAUGGCUCUCCCAACAGCUUUGGACUUGGGGAAGGCAACAGCUCACCUACCCACCCAGUGGAGCCCUUACCCUUGGGCAGUGAUCACCUGCUUCCCUCCGCCUCUAUCCAGGAUGCCCAGCAGUGGCUGCACCGCAACCGCUUCUCACAGUUCUGCAGGCUCUUCGCCAGCUUCUCGGGUGCUGACCUGCUGAAAAUGUCCAGAGAUGAUUUGGUCCAGGUCUGUGGCCCUGCAGAUGGGAUUCGGCUCUUCAAUGCCAUCAAGGGCAGGAAUGUGAGGCCAAAGAUGACCAUCUAUGUCUGUCAGGAGCUGGAGCAGAACCGAGUACCCUUGCCCCAGAAGCAGGAUGGCAGUGGGGACAAUAGCCUGUGUGUGUACCACGCCAUCUUUCUGGAAGAGCUGACCACCCUGGAGCUGAUGGAGAAGAUCGCCAGCCUGUACAGCAUCCCCCCGCAGCACAUUCACAGGAUUUAUCGGCAGGGCCCCACUGGCAUCCAUGUGGUGGUAAGCAACGAGAUGGUCCAGAAUUUCCAAGAUGAGUCUUGUUUUACUCUCAGCACAUUAAAAGCAGAGAGCAAUGACGGCUACCACAUCAUCCUGAAGUGUGGGCUCUGAGCGGCCGAGACCUGUACCUGUUUCCACCCGUGAAUCCCCUGGCUGUAGAAGUUGCACCAUUGUCAGCUGCUGUUUCAACCAACAAGCUCAGACUCGGAGGCACUCUGGCCAGACCAGGAAAGCUAACGACAACCAUGGACACAAAGUCUGGCAUGUAGAAAGCCAGUGGCUCCUUUCUGUCUUUCGGCUUUGAGCUUUUUAACAGUUCCUUACUCUGUUUCCCAGGCAGACAUUGGGGACAUACCUCUUAAACACUGGAGCCCCUGUAGUUGGAGGCCCUUAGAUGUCCUGGUCCCUCCUGCUAUUCUUUUGCCUCGCACUGUUCCUGUGCCUCUUUCUUCGGUCACUGGCUUCAUGUCUAGCCCUGCCAGCCUGCCAGGGACAACUUGCACAACUCUCCUAUUCUAAUAUCAUCUCAGUGGCCCUGGUGGCGACCUCUCUCCUGCUCUGGAUGAAUUACUAGGACUGGGUCUAUUUAUUUUGUGCCUUUCACCUCCUCUCAGUUGCCUUGUUUCUAAGGAUCUGCCACAUUCAAGCCUAGAGGCAUGUGUAUGUCUCUGCCUUGACAUGGUAGAUGUCACAGUACAACUGUGUGACUUCUCGUGGGCAUUGUAUUUGUUACUUUUCUAUUGCUGUGAUGAAAUACCCUAAAAAAAGCAACUAAAUGUGGAUAGGGCUUGUUUGGGCUUUUAGAGUUUUAGGGGGAUAGACUCUUUUUUUAUUUAAAUUUAAAUUAGAAAUGAGGUUGCUUCACAUGUCAAUCCCAGGUCCCUCUCCCUUUCUCUCCCCUCCUCCUUUUAUGGUGAGGAAGGUAUAGAGUAGAAAGCUAGUUGAUCUCACUUUCAUAUACAUAGGGAGAGAGACAGAGAGAGAGAGAGAGAGAGAGAGAGAGAGAGAGAGAGAGAGAGAGAGAGAGAGAGAGAGAGAGAGAGAGAGAGCACAUACAAACAGGGGUGGUACAAGGUUACAAACCCUCGAGGUCCACCCCCAGUGAUCUCCUUCCCACACCAACUGCAUCUUCCAAAGACCACAACCUCUUCAGACAACAUGGUUCACAUGUUCAAAUACAUGAGCCUAUGGGACACAUUUCUCAUUCAAACCACACAUUUUGCCCCUGUGUGACCUCUCACAGCUAGUUGCUGAUGAGGGCAGCAGUGGACUGGGAGAUAAUAUGGAUGAGGACAUGAUUCCUCUUGGGCAACUGCAGUGUAAUUUCAAUUUCUGAUGAGAAAAGAGUACUGAAGAGGUGAGGAUCUCAUCCAGUGGCCUUGACCAUCAGUUUAGAACUGUGGGUUGGGGUAUGGCUCGAUAGAUCAUAGAUCGCUUGCCUGGCAAGUAUGAGGUACUGGGUACAGUCCCAGUACUGCAGCCGAGGGUUUAUAGCGCUCCCUUUUUGAGACAACCCUGCUUAACCAAUCCUGUUUGCCAAGUCUCCUAGGGGAAGUGUAUUCUCUGCAGUGUUCUCAUCUUAGAGUUCAUCUUUUCCCGAUUGUAGGCGUAUAUUGAGGGUACUUUGUCUUGUUUGGUAUGGUUGAAUCGCCUUCCUUAACUGUGGGAGAAUUUGAGAAUUGAUAGCUGUGGUGGACUUAAGAAUUCAUCUUCAUGUUGCCAGGGUUCUGUGCUGACCCAUGGCUCCAACUCUUUCUUAACUCAAGUUCUCCCAAAGUGUGGUGAGCCCUCUGACCACCAGAGCUCCUGUGGGAUAUACUUCUAUUCUCACAGAUCACCAGGUUUUGGCAAACAUUAUUUUAUAGGCAGAGAAACUAUUCUUACAGCCAGGCUGGGCUCUCAGUUCCUUGUCUUUUGGGAGUGUGUGGACAGGGCUGACAGCUUUAUAGAGAUGUUGGUGCUGUGAACACAUUGGCACAGGUUUUCUUGUGGAAGGGCUUCAUUUUGGGAGUGUUCCUGAUAGUAGAGUGGAUGGAUCCUAAAAUAUCUUCCCCUCUUUGAGGGCCUCCCCUGUGUUUCCCACAUAGCCGCUGCCUCUGUUUACAUUCCCACAGCAAUGGAGGAUGGUUCCGGUUUCUCUGCCUCCUCCCUCUCUCUCUGCCUCCUUCUCUCCCUCUCUCCCUCUCUCCCUCUCUCGCUCUCUCCCUCUCUCCCUCUCUUUUCCCCCUCCCUCCCUCUCUCAAUUCUUUCCACACAGUUUAGUCUAGCCUCACAGUCACUAGGUAGGAGAGGAUGAUUGAACUUGUGAUCUCCUGCCUCUGUCUGCUGAGUGCUAAGAAUACAGACAAGUACCUCCACAGCUAGUUUAUGCAGUGCUGGAGCGGAAUCCGGGGCUUUGUUCUUGCUAGGCAAGCGCUCUACCAACUGAAUUCCUUCCCUGGCGUUGAUCUUUGUGUUACAAUAUCCUGCAGGUGUCUUGCAUUUCUCUGAUGGCUGGUGAUGUUCAGCCAACCUCUUCAUGUGUUGAUUGGCCAUUUGUAUGUCUUUAGGGGCAAUGUCUGUUCAGGUCCUUUGCCCAUUUUAAAAUUGUGCUGUCUCUUCAUUGAUUGUCCAAGUUGUUGGUAAAUUCUAGGAGAAGUCCUUUAUCAGUUUUACUCCAUUCUGCAGGCUGUCUUCACCCUUGUAAUGAUGUCAUUUGAGGUGUACAAGUUUGUAACUUGGUUGGCCUUGGUGGUAUGUGCCAGCAUCCCCAAUACUCAAAAGGCUGAGGCUCCCAAGUUCAAGGUCAGCCCAGCCUACAUAGUAAAACCAUGUCUCAAAAACAGUUAUUAUUAUUACUUUAAUUUGGGUGAUGACUGAGUUAACCUACUUUUCCUAUUGCUUGUGCUUUUGAUGUGGAUGCUAAGAAACCAAAUUCAGGAAAAUCAAUGUGUGUUUUCUUCUAAGAAUCUUUGAAGUUUUUUUUUUCUUUUUUUGGUUUUUCAAGACAGGGUUUCUCUGUCACUUUGGAAGCUGCGCUGGAACUAGCUCUGUAGACCAUGCCAUGCUGGUCUCGAACUCACAGAGAUCCACCUGUCUCUGCCUCCCGAAUGUUGGGAUUAAAGGCAUGCACCACCAUCGCCUGGCUGAAGUUGUAAUUGUUACAAUGACGUCUGCUUCAUUUUAAAAUGGUUUUAUGUGUAUGGUGUGUAGCAGGGGGUCUGGUUCCAUCCUUUUCCAUGUGAGUAUCUGCUUUCUUACUUCUAAUUACUGAAAGGCCUAGUCCUUCCCAUUGCCAGUCAUUUUGCCGGAGGCCUCUGACACCUGGAUCUCUCUGGGAUGAUGUAGCCGCUGGUGAUCUCUUGCCCCCCCCAGUCUGCAUUUGGGUCUACUGCUCUUACAGUCACCUCCCUACUCUGCCCCUGCAUCCUCUCUGUCUUACAGUCAGCAGGACUGUUCUGCCAUCUUUCCUGGUACAUGACCUAUCACUCCCUAGUUCUAGAAGAAGGUCACAACCAAUCAUUUCCAUGUUUCCAUGUUUGGAUUGAGAGGCAACUGAGUCACUUGGGAUAAUUUGCUCAGAGUCAGAUGCUGGAAGAAACAGUGCUAGAUUUGGGGCCUGUGACUUCCACUGGGAUUAUCUGCGGCCGCUGUACUCAGGUGAUGGCUCUACACUGGCCAUGCGAAGAGAAACUAAAAUUUAACCCUUAAGAAAUGGGGUUGUUGAUAACUUUCUCAGUUCCAAAGUGUGUCCAAAUGAGGAGUAAAAGAUGACACGCUGCAGAAAGGGCAGAUGGCGUGAGAAGUUCCAAGUCUUUUUUUUUUUUUUUUUGGUUUUUCGAGACAGGGUUUCUCUGUAGCUUUGGAAGCUGUCCUAGAACUCACUUUGUAGACCAGGCUUGCCUCGAACUCACAGAGAUCCACCUGCCUCUGCCUCCCGAGUGCUGGGAUUAAAGGCGUGCACCACCAACGCCCGGCUGAGAAGUUCCAAGUCUUAGUAUUAGCUUCUCCCCCCUCACAGUCUUGAGUGUGCAGACCAUCAUGGCAGGGGAGGCAUGGCAGCGGAAGUGGGGCAGCUGCUCACACCGCAUCACAGUCAGGAAGCAGAGACGGACGAACACUCUCCUUUUUAUUCAGGGCGGAACCCUAGUCCGUGAAACUUUAGGGUGGGUAUUCCCACCUCACUGAGCUAAUCUGGAAAACUCCUUAACACACUUACCUGGAAGAGGAGAGACCAUGACCAAGAAGAUGGUUUUCCCAGGCGAGAUUGCCUCUUUGCACUCCGGAUGUCCUAGUUUCCGAUUUCCCCCAAACACAGGAAACCUGACUGCAUAAUUUUUCUUGCUCUUGCUUAGUAAAUUAGAAGAACAGAAAAGAAAGCCCCUCAUAGACAUACCCAGAGGUUUGUUUCCAUGGUGAUACUAAAUCCCAUCAAGUUGGCAAUCAAAAUCAAUCAUCCUGGGGGUCUAGGAAAAGGUCAGACAUUGCCCUAGUGACCUCUUACCCAGUCUGCCUGGAGCCCCUUGAGCAGAGCUAUUAACCUAGAGAGAUCUUUACCAGGGAAAAAAGCUGGAACCCACAAGUGCGUCACCGGUUCCUAAGUCCAGUGUUGCUUCAGGGGCUGGCCCAAGUGGCUGGAGCUCUGAAAAUCAUUAACGUGCCAGUGGAAGAAACAGACCAGCUCUUUAGCUGUUGUCAGUGGAAAGUUAAGGUUGGUGGGGGCAUGGGGAAUUGGAUGUGGGUACUGUCUUAGGUACCCUGGAGGGACAGGAGCAAAAGUCAAGGGUCCCAGGCUGCAUCAUAAGUGCCUGUCUCCAAUUAAUACAAAGUAUAUCCCCUUGGCAGAGUGUUUGUCCCUGGGUUUGAACUCCAGCACUUCCCCCGAAUGACAUAAGCAGCCUUGACUUGGAGCCCUCAGGACCCUGAACUGAUACUCAGGAGAUGAACCUAAGCCACGGCAAGGCUUUACCAUUACUUCCCGUUCAUCAAAGGCAGGCAGUAGACAGGUGACCUUUGCUUGUCCCGGGCACCGCCCCCGGUGCUGCAACUUCACCAAACCCGGGGCCUUCCCCGCUGACUGAAGCUAGAUGAGUGUGUGCAGGUGUGGGCUUCACAGGGCCGUGCUGCCGCCGCUGUCAUCCAAGCUAGUCUGCUCGGCCCGUAUGGGAAAUUCAUACUCUUUCUCUUCUCCCCUUCCCUCCCUUCACCCCUUGAAGACAGGGCCACUGGGCCUGAGAACCAGUGAGAUCCUGGGGAGCACCCUGACUCCCUGCCCAGGGCCAACUCUGUUUAUAAGCUCCCCAAACCCCAUUAGGCUUAUGGAAGAUUCUGCGGGGGGGGGAGGUCCCUUCCAGGCAUUUCUGUCACCUGGUAAAGCCCUAACAGACCCUGGCCUGGGUCAUCAGGCUACUCUUCCUAAGGGCUAGAGUGACAAGGUCUGUGUUCCCUUCUUUCCAGAGAGCCACCCCACUCUGCUUCAUGUUUGGGAACGGGAACUGAACACUACGCUGUCUGUCUGUUUUGCCAUCAGUUGGAUAAUAGAGAACAUUGUCUUCAAACCUACUUUAGGAAAUGAUAGCCCUGCCAUCAAAUUACACUAAAUUACUAUAUUUUGAAUUACUUAAGUUAAAUCACGCAGGACUGGGGUGUGGCUCAAUGGCAGAGCACUUGUCAACCACGAUCGAGGCCCUGGGUUCUAUCCCUAGCACCAUAAACCAUACAUUGUGGAGAGCUGGGUAUGGUGGUGCAAACCUAUAAUGCUGACCCACGGGUGAUGCUGGGACCGGGUCGUAAAAGAACUAUGACUGGAUUUGAGGCCACUCUGGGCAAUUUUUAAAAAAUGGAAUUGUGUUUUCUCUUGUGCCAACGUAAUUUUACCUCUUGGCUCUUAAAUACUGAAAUAGUUACUCCCUAACCCCUCCUUUCUUAUAUGUUUAAUGUGUUGUAUUGUUUUGCAGUGAUAGGGAACAAACCUAGAAUCCUGAGGCCUUACACAUUGAAGCAGGUGUUAUAUCAAUGAGCCAGCUCCUAGCUCCUGGGUUUAAACCCACAGCCCAGACAGCCUCAACCCUGCCACUGAGCUGCACACCCAGUCUCAGCUGCCUUCUCUCGCCUUCAGGUUGUUUAAAGGCAGUCUCAGCUGUUAGGACUGUCUUAAAUAACAAAUGCAUUUUGCAUAAACUUAGAAGUAGAGGGUAUACUCAGAGAAGUCUGGAAGGUUCCUUGCCUUCUGGGUGUCUCACUUCUGGAAAGUUCUGGUCCUCACUUGGCUCCCAAGGACUCUGCCCAGCCUCUCCAUGGGAGUACAGAGGUCUCUUCCUCAAAUGCCCCCUGCUACCUGGAUCCCUGCUCAGCCUUUGUCAUGGUCCCUUGGCCAGGGUUUGAUAGAAGAAAGGACUUUUGUGCAGUAUUCACAGGCUGCUGAGCUGGGGGUGGGGUAGGGUUGGCCUGAGUUGCUCACUAGAACCUGUCCUGGAAGGCAUAGGCUGAUUUCAGCUGGUGCCUUGUUAGCUUAGUGUCUCCAGAGCCUGCAGACACCUCCCAUGUGUUCAGGUCCCCUCUCUGUGCAGGGUUGUGAGUGCCUGGGCAGCUUCCUGCCUUCCUUGGACUCAGAUUUCUAGGUCAGUUCUUGCAGGGGAGAGUUGUGUCCUCCAGGGUGCUCAUCUUCCGUGGCUUGUCUGCUGUCUGUAGCUCCCUCAGGUCUUCUAGGCACUCAGAAACCUGCCUCCCCUGUGUCCCACUUAGGCAAACCUCAUUGAGUUUUCCCCAGCCUUCUGCCCAGACUUCUAGCUGGGGUUGAAAAGUAAGCAGCUAGGACAGGCCUGGUCCUUACACUACAGCAUGUUGAACAUCCUGUUUCCCAAAUCCAAAAUUCUGUAACAGGCCUCAUGGGACAGGUCACAUUCAAAACAAAAUUACCUGUAGGCCGUGUGUACAGCAUAUGCAGAAACAGGAAUGGGUUUUGUAUUUAGAUGUAAGUCCCAUCCCAAGAUAGCUCCAUUAUGUAUAUAUCAGUAGCUCAAGAUUGAAACCCACCUGAUCUAGGGUUUGACCUGGGAUGUGCAACCUGCAAUGGGCUGAGCCUGGAUGAGUGUCUGGUAUCCAGUCUAGGUUCCAUCCAGGCCACAUCUGUUAGGCAUGUGGACAAGCUCAUUCCCAUGCAGCUGUCCUGAGGCUGUGUCCCUGGGUUGGCAGUACUACUGGAGAGAACUUUGUGGGGCUAGAACACUAAGAAUGAGCGAAGGGGGACUGUUUUGUGCACUGACCCAGCUUCUGCUGGGUAGAAGUCUUGGUUAGUCACUGUGUUCUUCUAUGUCCAAGCUUUAAAGUGAUUCUUUCCUGAGAUACCUUCUUCCUCUUGAUCGGGUGGUUAUUUCCUAAAGGUGGUGGGGGACUUUGGGGGGGUGACAGAUCGGUCAAAUGUGUGUGACAGGUCAUCGGGGAGGUGGCCAUGGAAACCCAAGUUGUCAUAAUGCCAUGUUGUUUUUGUACCUGAAAUAAAGCAUAUUUUGCACUUGUAAAUGAGAAAUCUGUAUGUGGGCUCUGUGCUGGGUCAGAAUGCAAAUAAAACCAUUUGUACUAAA